GUCAAAUAAUUCAGUUCGAUGAAUAAGAAAAAAACGAAAAUUGUAAAAAGUGAAUUGCUCCUUUUUAAUGUUCGUUAUUGCAACAGCUGGUAUUUUUAAAAAUCGAAUAAUGUUGCUUUAUUGUGUGUGAGUUAAACUUAAACUGUAUCAAUUUAAUUCAACAAGUGAUCUCGAAAGAGUUGUGAAAAUGUGUUAGUUUUGCGCACAAAAUGAACUGUACUGUGGAUAUUUCACUAAUUUUACGAUGAAGGGCGGAUUGUGUAUCAUAUACACGUCGUUGCUGACUAUUUCAGUGAUUUCCAGCUGCGCUCUCUUCAUCCUGACCGUGUCAGAGGCUCUGCAAGCCGACGGUGACGAUAAUGCCAAAGUGGAUCUCUCUGGGCUUCAUAACGUCAGUCAUAAAGUAACUGACGUAGACAAAAAUGUUCAGAAAACAACUGCAGAAAGUAGAACAGAUAAUCCAGAAGUGGAAAAUGAGAAAAAAGUUGUGGAACCUGAGAUGAUUUUUGCUGAGACAUUGUCCCUGAACUCUGUUACAACUGAUGGGUUACCUGACACCGGACAACCUCCCGUUCUUAUCUCUCUAGGAGAUAGCGCCAGAUUGGAACUCAAGAAUCCUGACGAACUUUUGUUCGUCAACGAUUCCGACCAACACAAUGAUACCAAGUCAUUUAUUAUUGUGGAGAAGGACGCAGUAGAGGAAGGAAAAACAGACGACGAGAAAGAUGGUACUGAACAGUGGCCUGUAAUCAAAUCAAAACCUAUGCAUGAAAUUAGACAAACCGACGAUGCAUUUCAAACUACCACACCUCUUACAACAGAUGAAAGCUCAACGGAAUCUCAACCAGACGAGCCAACAGAAGUAAUUGAAAACAUUCCACCCAAACCAGAAACGCCACAAGAAGAUAUACCAUCUUUCUCUGAGUGGGCACAGAAACAGUUAGCAGAAGCUGAGAAAAAAGACACAGUACUCAAUCACUCGAGUCAACCUAGUCAUAGUAAUACAAAUUUUAGUAGUAAAAGUACCAAAUUACGAUCGAAAAAUUACGCUUCAUUGGCUUGCGGUGCUAAAAUUGUAGCCGUAAAUUCGGAAGCAGGCUCGGCUAGUUCUAUACUGUCGCCGAAUAGAGAUGAAUAUAUGCUCAAUACAUGCAACAGUCGCAUUUGGUUCGUGGUAGAGCUCUGCGAAGCUGUUCAAGCUCAAAAAAUGGAAAUUGCUAACUUUGAAUUAUUCUCCUCUACUCCCAAAGACAUCGCUGUGUAUUUCAGCGAUCGGUUCCCGACGAGGGAAUGGGCCAGCGUCGGUCAAUUCACCGCCAAAGAUAUGAGAGACGUGCAAAGUUUUGAUUUAUACCCACAUUUGUUUGGAAAAUUUAUCAAAGUAGAAAUGCUGUCACAUCACGGUUCCGAACACUAUUGUCCUAUAUCGUUAUUCAAAGUAUACGGAACAUCAGAAUUUGAAGUAUUAGAGAAAGAAAGCGCGCAGCAUAUUGCUCACAUUGAUGAUGACGAAGACGAUGAAAUUAUAGACGUUCCUGACUUACCUGCUGCGGAAACUGAGCCUUCAAAAAACUUAUUCGGCUCCGCGAGAGACGCCGUCAUGUCUAUAAUGAAGAAAGCCGCACAAGCAUUAGUCAAAACGGAAGUUCCUAGAAAUAUGUCUUCUGAACACAACGACACGUCAAUAGACAAGAUGUACAAACGGUGUUGUUCUCCCAGCCAUAUUAUUGUAUGUGAUAAUUGCAGUGAAACUCUUUACAAUGAAGUGUAUGAACUAAUUAGUUGUAGUUCGGACAAAUUAGUUAAUUUAGUGCGUCAAGUGUUUCUACGGGAAACUUUAAAGUGUACAGGAAUUUGUCAACUCUUCGGUUUAGACUUUAAAAGUACAAAGACUAUUGAAUUUAGUGAGGAACGCGUCGCAUAUAUGAACGCUUUAUUUCCCAAAAAGUAUUUAGCUGCACUGUGUAAUAUCUUAGCUAUUAAAGAAAAAAAGGUUGUAUUAAAUACUAGUUUCGAGAGUGAAUUAAAUAUUACAAGCAAUGGAACUGACGAAUCACCACAAAAUCUGAAUAGCGAAACAAAUUCUGAACAAGAAGUUAAAUUAAUACCCAAUAAAGAUAACAGCUCAACUGAUACUAAAGAUAUCAAUGAUACUUUGCUAUCGGAAGAAAAACCAAUUAGCUCAGAACAAAUUACUGACAGUAAUCCUAAAACCGUAGACUUAUCCAAAGAAGAAAAUGUAAAAAUAGAUGAUAAAAUAGAGGAACCUGCGACGAUUGUAGAAGAUUUAAUUCCAGAACAACCAAUAGAAACUGUUAUAUCGGAAUCCGAUAAGCCUGCCGAUGUAACUCCAGACCCGGAAAUUAGAGAUACCAUAUUAAAUGAUAAAAAUGGCAAAAUUGAAACUGUAACAGAAAAAGCCAAGGAUACCCCUACAAAUGGUGGUGAUGAAAUAAAUGAUCACAUAUUGAUUGAUAAUGAAAACUUUAUGUCUGAGCUAGAUCAAAUGGCAGUCGAUCCUACACCAGCUGGUCAGACCACUCAAAAUCAGAACCAAGGUCAGGCUACAUUACAAAAAGAAUCAGUAUUCCUGCGGUUGUCAAAUAGAGUUAAGACACUCGAGCGAAAUAUGUCUCUUUCGGGGCAGUACCUUGAAGAAUUGAGCAGGCGAUAUAAGAAGCAAGUUGAAGAAAUGCAAAAGACAUUCGAGAAGACAGUCGCGCAAAUGACCGAAGAACGACGUAAAAGCAACGAGAGGGAACAAAAGUACUUGGAACAGAUGAUAAACAUGCAGGAACAACUCGGUCAAAUGUCUACGAUGUUAAACACGCUCAUGGAAGAGAGAGACAGUUGGUUUGGCAACUUGACAUUCUUUAAGUUUGUUAUAUUUCAAUCUUUAAUCAUUGCUGCAGCCUACUAUUAUGUAAAAAGAAAACCUAAGCCAGAACCAAUACUUGUACCAAUUAUAAAGAAAACAAAAAAGAAACAGGAUAAGUUUAGGAGAAAAUCAGUUGAAGGCGUCAGUGGGCAUGCAACACCAUCCGCGAAAAAGAGAAGACCAAGUGAAGAGGCGUUGCAGAUUGCCCGUGAGUCCGUAGAGGACGUUGACGACCUCGAUGGAGAGUGGCAAGUAGCUAAAAAGAAUAGAAGAAGAAAAACAUCGAUUAUACACAGAAAAGUGGAACAAGAUCCCAAAGUAAACUGGAGCAGACAAGACAGCAUUGGCAAAUUACAAGAGAACCCCAUACCAUUAGACGAGGACGAGUUCUUCGCGCCUGUCACAGAACCGAAAGAAUUCAUUGACAAUAAAGAUAAAAGUCCACCAAAAAAAGAGCUGCCGAAAACAAAUGGAUCAUUCUUUAACAAUUUGAGAACGAAAACUAUGAAGACGAGGCGGCUAUCAUCGCCAGCUUUUCUUAAAACAUUUAGUAGACAGAGUAGCAGAAGUACACCAAGUCCGGUGGUUAGAAAUCUGGAACCGGUUUUCAAUGGAAAAUUAAACAAAAAGGCCGCCUCAGAGUCACCUACUGGCAGUCUAUGGUCUGAAUCCACAGAAAUUUCACAGAACGGACAGCAAGACAACGAAAGUGGUGGCAGCAAAAAGAGGAGAAGUUUGAAGAAGAUGCUGAAGAAAGUGUUUUGAGGACUUAUUUGUAAUCGUAUUUAAUUAUGUAAACGCGUGUGGCGUAGGCGGAUAGCUAUUGUAAUUUAUUUCCUUGCGAAUAUUAACUGUACGGUUUAAAUUAUUGUUAAAAACUGUUUUGUAUUGUUGUUAGACUUCUCAAUAGGUGCCAAUUGUGAUAAAUUAGGAAGCCUAAUUGUUAGCCUGUUAUAUUUGAUUUUAUGCAGUGGUGUUUGCGAAACGGUGUGAUGCAGUGUGCGCGUACAUCUGUCUGUUAAUGCGACAGAUGUGACAAUAAAUGCAGACGGAUGCGAGUGCUAGUCUCGAAGGAUGUUCAGUAAACAAAGAAAUGGCAUUAAAUGCAUUAAUUUUAUAUUUUCAUGUUUUAUUUCACUUUAUCACAGUAACAUAAAAGUAUUUACAAAAAUAUACAAUUUCAAUACUUAAAUAAACAGUGCAGAUAACAAGAUUUACGUUAUAUACAUGUUAUUACAGACAUGUCUAGUCACCCAAGGUCGAGAGAAAUUGAAUACACAGAUAAAUUAAUUAAUAUUGACAUUAUUUAAAUUUAAAUUCGCAAUUUUAAUUAUCAUAACGUAACUGUGGAGGUAUUUAAAAUUGUUAAUGUUCUUUCUAUGAUUGACAGAAUUAAGAAAGGGCCGGGAAACGAUAAGGAACU